AAUACUGUGUCUUACAAACAUCAGAUCAUCGUUCUUCGGUUCUGUGUUUUCUUUGCUAUGUCUUACGCGCCUUUUCUUCGGCUGUGUCGUGGUUUUGUUGGCAGACAAGUUUUAGGACCGAUCUUCGCGCGAAACAUGUCAAACGGACAAAAACAAAAGGUUCUAGUUACACGAAACGUACCUCAAGCUGCUAUUGAAAUUAUCAAGUCAUCUCAGAGCUGUGAUCUGGACUAUUGGGACUCAGAAGAUCCAAUUCCAAGAGAUGAACUCCUGAAGCGAGUAGCUGGUCUUGAUGGACUUUACUGCCUUCUUACGGAAAAAAUAGAUUCUGAGUUGCUAGAUACUGCUGGACCUCAGCUGAAAGUUGUGAGCACCAUGUCAGUGGGUUAUGAUCACAUCAGUUUACCAGAAACAACGAAGAGGGGUAUUGCUGUUGGCCACACUCCAGGUGUACUAACAGAUGCUACUGCCACCCUGACUGUAGCAUUACUUCUGGCAACACAAAGAAGACUAAUUGAGGCUGCAGGAGAGGUGAAAAAUGGAGGGUGGGGAACAUGGAAACCUCUUUGGAUGUGUGGACCAACACUAACAGGCAGUACUGUUGGCAUUGUUGGAUUUGGAAGAAUUGGCAUUGCUGUGGCACAAAGACUAGCUCCAUUUGGUGUCUCUAGAUUUCUUUAUUGUGAUGUCAACAAGAAGCCCGAAAGUGUGGAAAAAUUGGUUUCACCAAAGGCAGAGCACGUUGACAUGGACACCCUGUUGAAAGAAUCCGACUUUGUGAGUGCACACACAGCUCUGACAGAUGAAACAGCAGGAAUGUUCAAUAGGAAUGUCUUUUCCAAGAUGAAAAGAAGUGCAGUGUUUAUCAAUACCAGCAGAGGAGGAGUGGUAAACCAGGAGGACUUGUAUGAAGCACUUAAGAGUGGACAAAUAUGGGGUGCUGGACUGGAUGUUACAGUUCCUGAACCUCUUCCAACAGAUCACCCGCUUUUGUCUCUAAGCAACUGCGUUAUACUUCCUCAUAUUGGCAGUGCAGAGGAAUCCACUAGAGAAGCUAUGGCAACCUUAGCCGCGAGAAAUCUCUUGGCCGGACUUGCAGGAGAAAGUUUACCCGCUCAAGCUAAAUAAGAAGCCUUUUAAUUAGCUUCCACCCAAUUCCAUCUUCAUCCAAUCCCUCUUCAGGGUAUUGUACGGAGUGUUGUGGGGUCGUGGAAUGUAAUUCGGUCUAGAGACAAAAUAUUUUUCUUACGUGUAUUCCGAGGCAAAUGCAACGCAAUUGAGGAACGUUUAUAUAGGGACUGGUGUGAGUAAUGCAGGAAAUUAAGCUUAACGAAUCGCAUACCCAUGAACCUUUACAAGAUUUCCUCUGAGCCGGUUAGGGUGUUACAUCCAGAGAACGUAAUAGCAGAGGUCUUGUGAGCGAAAUUUUGUGGAAUUUGAUGGUACAAACGACAUGAUUCUUUAAUGAAAUGCUACAGAGAAAUUUACAUUUAGUGCAAACUAUAUUUAUCUGCUAUUAAAAGUAAAUGGAUAAGUCAUGAAGUAACUGUGGAUAAAUACAAGUGACUUUAAUUUUAUUUGUA